CAACGACGCAGUCCGCUGCAAUGUGUGGACGAACUGCUUGCACGCUGCAGCCUGACAGAGUGCGCAGCGCCUGCGGCUAUGUCCCGGAAGCGGAGCAGAAGGGAGGCGGCGGCGGGAAAUUCCGCAAAGCUCGCUGGGUGGACCAGCCGGGAUCAAAGGCGUAUCACCCAUCUUAUAAUAUUGCUCCUACGGGCACGCUGCCGGUGCUGAUCCGGGGACAGCACGCCGGCUGUGCCGACGACGAGCGCGUGGUGAUGCCGAUGCGAUGGGGCCUGGUGCCCUUCUUCCACAAGGGACAGGUGGCAGACAUGAAGCUUUCGACGUUCAACGCUCGCUCUGAAGAGUUCCUGAAGAAGUCCAUGUUUUCCCACCCCUUCAAGAAAGGUCAAAGAUGCGUCGUUGUUUGUGAUGGCUAUUACGAGUGGAAAAAGGACGGAGCUGGUAAAAAGCCGUACUUCUUGUACAGUGAACAACGCAAAGAUUGGGACAUUUGCACCAAUGUGAACAGCCUGGAUGAAGAUGACCUGUGGAGUGAGGCCGAGGGAUGGAAGGGGCCAAAGCUCACAAUGAUGGCUGGCAUAUUUGAGUCAUGGAAAUCGGACGGUGACCAGCCGCUCUACAGCUUUACCAUCCUGACCCAGGCGGCCAACUCGCGCCUGGAUUGGCUUCACUCGAGGAUGCCGGUGUUCCUCGUCACGCCGGAGGCGGUGCGGGACUGGCUGUCGGUUGGGGAGACGUCGGACGAGACGGCGCUGGCGCUGAUCACACCUGCGGACUCGCUUGCCUGGCAUCCUGUGUCCGCGGACAUCAACAACGUACGCAACCAGGAGGUAACGAACAAGCCGCUGGACGAGACCAAGCGCUCGGCGUCGGCCGGCUUCAUGGCCAACUGGCUGGGCAAGGCAGGCAAACGAUCGGAGGGGCAGCAGGCGGCAAAGCCGCCGGCGGAACAGCGGGAGCAGGAGGCGAAGCCGGUGAACCUGCCAGCAGAGCGGCAGGAGCAGGAGGCGAAGCGGCCGGCGGAGCCGGGGGAGCCGGAGGAGCGGGACGUGGUACAGCAGGAGCAGGGGACGAAGCGACCGGUGGAGCAACAAGAGCAGGAGGCCAAGCGCAGCAAGCAGUGAACUGUCGUGGGCAGCGGGUAGAGCGGGGACUGGCUUCCCGAAGAGGACUGUCGGAAGUGACGCGUCGGGACGUGUGCCAUACCUAUGGCAUAUCGUCCGUUCUUUGUUCAAGGAAACGCCGUUACAGCAGCUUAGAGUCAGACGUUAGCGCAGUGAGGGCUGUCACAGGUUCCAGCAUAGGGCAUACCAUAUGAUCAUCGUUCAGACAAAUACUGGGGCUGCACCGCACUCAAACUGAAGCGUAGUGCGGCGGCCAUUCUCCACUAUCAGCAUCGUUGAGUCCUGUGUCGCCAUUUUAUUAUGUUGUUUUUUCGCCAAGCGAAUGUUAGCGUUUCCUGUUUGUAGCGCUUUUCUGCUAAACUACGACGGAAGUGACGCGUAGUUUAGCAGAAAUAUUUUGUCCAUAUUUUUGGAAGAAUAGACAGCAGCUGCGGCGGCCUGACGGAUGAGAGGAAUUUGUGAGAUGCGCGGCAGUGUGGGACGUGUUGGCCAUUGGUGCUGACAUUUCGUUCCCGGAUCGUGGAUCACUUAGUUUUAAGUAAUUUGUAAACGACCCAGGAAUGCCACUACUCCGAUCU